AUCCGCCUCCCACGGGAAGGCCAUUCGCUAGUGCGGCGCGGUCCCCUUUCUUUACCGUCCGGGUGGAACAAAUACGCGAUACAACCACCGCUCCCCGCUAUAAUGCCGCAAUAGCCGCCUAUGGUUCAGCUCUGUACUCUGGAAGCAUAGUGUUCCGGUACGGCUGUUCACGCCGUACUGUGGCUCCCCCAGGCACUUCCGGGACAUGGGGGACACUUUACAAUGCUGCACCACGCUGCUCCGCGGGCCAAGGUAAAUCUAUCAGCGGAUCCCCAUGUGCCGAUUCGUCUCCACGAGGAGGGUAGGGGGGAAAAACGUGGCGAAUUUGCGGGGCGGAAGGAGGAGCUGAGGCUGCCGGUUCCCCCACGUGUUGAGAGGCGCCGGGCGCAGAGCAGGUGGCUGAUUGCAGACCAAUAGAAUAUGGCUGGGCAAAUAUCAGAAUCUGAUCAGAUCAAACAGUUCAAGGAGUUUCUUGGGACAUACAAUAAACUUACAGAAACCUGUUUCCUGGAUUGUGUGAAAGAUUUCACUAGCAGGGAGGUUAAAUCAGAAGAGAUGACGUGCUCAGAACACUGCUUACAGAAAUAUUUAAAAAUGACGCAGAGGAUAUCCAUGAGAUUUCAGGAGUAUCAUAUUCAGCAGAACGAAGCUCUAGCUGCCAAAGCAGGACUUCUUGGGCAACCUCGUUAAACAAAAGAGAAUUCUAUUCCAACCUUGCUUCAAAGCAAUGCCCAUGUUUGUUGGAUUGCAAGUGGAGGCGUUCUGUUGUGGGUGUGUCCACCAGCUCACAACGGAGUUUCAGAGACCAUUUGGCACAUGGAAACCAUUGGGGAAACAAUUAUGGGCUAUACCAGGAGUUGGUAAUGGCCAGCUGGCAAACAGAGCCUAUUUCUGUGGUCCUUUUUUACUGUGCAAUGGAAUAAUGUUGAUAUAACCAUUUCUAGAGGCCUGCAGACUGGUUAUGCUGGUCACUACGUUGGGGGCAGGGGAGGGAGAGGACCAUUUUUUUGUUUCUUCCACUACGACUAUUAAUUUUAAUGCAAAAAGUGCUGUACAGAAAUAUAUACGAAAAUGUCUUCAAAAUGUUUUUAUUUAAUCAAAGUACAAUAAAUGGGAACUGUUCAGUUU